AUAUCCAUCGGCUACAACUUGCAAACACCAUCAACCACCAAAAAGCAUAAAUCCCCCCACGCACGUUUUCCGAGGCUAUUUUGGUCUCUUCCCAAAACGGAGCAACAAAUCCAUGGGAGGGAGAGAAGAAGCAGCCCAACGAUCGGCUUCAAACCGGAGCAACUUUUUUUCUCUCUCUCCUCCCCAUUAUCGGAUCCUUCCCGUUAACGGGUCUCCUCGUCUUCGCUCGCUUACCGGGUCUGCUGGCUGGCCUACCCGCCGGAAUCUUGCGUCAUCUGGCGGCCGCCGCCGUCCGACGACGACGGUGCGGAGGAGGUUGGGUUCUUGAUCGGUGUCGGAUUUUUGGUUGGUUGACGGGGUUUGUGAGGUGUGGCGGUGACUUGGAAAGAUCCGAUAUAUACUCCGGCGCCGCCGCGAGGGGAGAUGGAUCGGGACGACGAGCGGCUCGGCCGCGCGCUGGCGGCGUUUGGAGGCGGCGGCGGCGGCGGCGGCGGCGGCGUGUGGGAGCUCGUGGACGCCGCGCUGGCCUGUGCCGCACGCGACCGCCCCGACGAGCUGCGCGCGCGGCGCGACGGUAUCGUGGAGCGGCUCUACGCCGCCGGCGGCGGCGGCGGCGGCAACUGCGGCGCGGCGGCGGCGACUACGCCGUCGCCGCGUGGGGCGGCGGUGGCGGAGGGUGAGGACGACGACGACGAGGCGGCGGCGGCGGCGGACGGCCUCGAGAUCAAGAUCUUGGCAAUCAAGGACUUCUUGGAGGACGAAGACCAGUCGGAGGACGAGCUGCUGAGCUUGCUGCAGAGCCUGGCAGACAUGGACAUCACGUACAAGGCGCUCCAGGAGACUGACAUCGGACGGCAUGUGAAUGGUCUGCGCAAACAUCCCUCCGGUGAAGUCCGGCUACUUGUCAAGCAGCUCAUCAGGAAGUGGAAGGAGAUAGUGGACGAUUGGGUGCGGUUACACAAUUCCAGCGGUGACGCCAGCAACUCGAUCAUCACCGAUGGCAACUCCCCGGAGAAAAUCCAAGGCAAGAACCAGCAAAGCUCUCAGGUUUCAGAGUUCAAGUAUUCCCCCAGCCCAAGUAGGCAUAACAACUCAAGCUCAGAGAGGGUUAGCAAUGGGAUCGCGUCGAUAGCAGCGACAAAACAUAGAGCAAGCCCUGCGCCAGCGCAUCAUAAUGCAAGGCAGAUCAACAACACCCACCAUUCUACUACUUCAUCUUCUGCUCCAGCUAGGAUGGUGAAGGAACAGAAGGACAGUCAUCUUGACCUUGAAAGGCUGGACUCUGCGAGGAAGAGACUCCAGGAGAAUUACCAGGAAGCACAAAAUGCAAAAAAACAGAGGACGAUUCAGGUGAUGGACAUCAAUGAAAUUCCGAAGCCGAAAAAUAGAAAUGCCUUCAUCCGCAAGGGCAAUGGGGGUGGGUUCCCAGCAAGGCACCGGUGACAUUGCAUUUUCUGGGAACCCAGAUUUCAAAUUUGUCUUUUACAAGUUGCACUAAGAAGAAAAGGAGAAAAAAAAGAGAGGUUUCUUUUCUUCAUGUGCUAUGUAUUGGCUAGCCUCAACUUCAGUCUGAUAUGUUCCAUGUACAUGAGAGGGAUGCUUAUGGUUUUUGCAGGAGAAAUAGAAGUUUAAAAUGUUGCCAUUGCUUGUACAGUUUAUUUAAAAUGUAGCCAAAGUUUAAAUCUUGCAACUUAAUUUUAGAGUUGAUUUUAAGGAUUUUUUUUCA